AUGCCAUCCCGCAAGCGCAUGCAGACGCCUACGGACUCCGACGAGGGAAGCGAUGGGUCCGACCAGCCAGUCAUGAGUUCUUCAAGGACAAAUUCAGAGAGCUCAACGGACUCGGAAUAUCCAUCCUCUUCCAGCGCUGUUACCAACGUCGCCGAUUCACUUCUAGCCGUCAACGACGAUGCGCUACUCGACGACGAGGACGAGUUAGAGCUCCGCCAGACCCAGAUCAUACAAGAAAAAUACUCGCAUCUAAUAGACGAGGCCAACGUACCCGCCGAACAUGGAAUUCUCGAACGUGUUGAGUGCUACAAUUUCAUGUGUCAUGAUCACUUUUACGUUGAGCUGGGUCCUCUGAUCAACUUUAUCGUUGGAAAGAACGGCAGCGGCAAGAGUGCGAUCCUGACAGCGAUCACCCUUUGUCUAGGUGGCAAAGCCUCUGCGACAAAUCGUGGCCAAAGCCUUAAAAGUUUUAUCAAGGAGGGCAAGGAGAAUAGCACAAUCAUCGUUCGCAUCAAGAAUCAAGGCGACGGUGCCUAUUUGUCAGACGAUUUUGGGAAAACCAUUAUUGUCGAGCGUCAUUUCUCCCGGAGUGGCACCAGCGGGUUCAAGAUCAAGUCAGAGAAUGGACGCAUCGUCUCGACUAAAAAGGGCGACCUAGAUGCUAUCACGGACUACUUUUCGCUACAGAUCGAAAACCCUAUGAACGUACUUUCUCAAGAUAUGGCCCGUCAGUUCUUGAGUACAUCAAGCCCAGCUGAGAAAUACAAAUUCUUUGUCAAAGGCGUCCAGUUGGAACAGCUUGAUAACGACUACCGGCUAGUGGAGGAAUCCCUUGACUCAAUUGAGGAAAAGCUCCGAACAUCGACCCAAGAUGUACAGGUCCUCCAAAAUCGCAAGGAAUUGGCCAAGAAAAAGCUCGAGAUUUCUGACCAGCACGAUUCUCUGCGAAGACGGAUCAGAAAUAUCCGAGGCCAAAUGGCUUGGGCUCAAAUGGAAAUCUCACUCACCGAACAAAUCGCCGAGGCAGAUCGGAAAAUUGCUGAGGCCGAGUCUCGCCUCACUCGGUUUGAUGCUGCCUUUGAUGGAGUCGCCGCGGAGAGGAAACAGCCGCGGGUGAGCAUUCCUGGCGAGCUGCCGUGGCAGUGA